GCCGAGGCUGGCAAAAUCAGGCGGCGGGUGAUGGCGGGGGCUGCAGCGGGCGGCAGAGGCGGAGGUGCCUGGGGGCCGGGGCGUGGAGCGGCUGGGGGGCUCCGGCGGGGCUGCUCCCCUCCAGCCCCCGCCGGGAGCUCCCCUCGGGCUGGGCUGCAGCCGCUCAGGGCCACGGUCCCCUUCCAGCUGCAGCAGCCGCACCAGCGCCGGGACGGGGGUGGCCGCGCAGCCAGUGUCCCGUGCUCCGUGGCCCCAGAAAAAUCUGUGUGCAGGCCUCAGCCACCCCAGGUCCGACGUACAUUUUCCCUCGACACCAUCCUCAGCUCCUACCUGCUGGGCCAGUGGCCCCGAGAUGCUGAUGGGGCCUUCACCCACUGUACCAAUGACAAGGCCACCCAGACACCCCUGUCCUGGCAGGAGCUUGAAGGUGAAAGGACCAGCUCCUGCACACACAAGCGUUCAGCAUCCUGGGGCAGUACAGACCACCGGAAAGAGAUCACCAAGUUGAAGCAACAGCUGCAGAGGACCAAGCUGAGCCGCAACGGGAAAGAGAAGGAGCGGGGCUCCCCACUGCAAGGGGACCACGCUGUGCGAGGGGCACUCAGGGCUUCCCCUCCCAGCUUCUCUGCAGGGCCCCCCAGCCUACGCCUCAGCCCCUGCCUGCACCGGAGCCUGGAGGGCCUCAACCAGGAGCUGGAAGAGGUGUUUGUGAAGGAGCAGGGCGAAGAGGAGCUGCUGCGGAUCCUUGAAAUCCCUGAUGGGCAUCGGGCCCCGGCACCCCCCCAGAUUGGCAGCUGUGAUCAGCCCCUGCUCCUGCUGGAACCUGGCAACCUCACUAGCUCUCCCUCGGUGCUCCUGGCAUCUCCCCAGCCUUGUGGCCAGGCCAGCCAUGAGGAGCCCCGGGGGGCAGUGGAGGAGCUGGCAUCCAUCCCCCAUGACAAAGCCUCCUCUCCAGGCCACCCUGCCUUCCAUGAAGAUGGCAGCACAUCUCCAAUCCUUGCCUUCGCCGCCUCCCCCCGGCCCAACCAUAGUUACGUCUUCAAACGGGAGCCGCCUGAAGGCUGCGAGAGAGUGCGUGUGUUUGAGGAAGCCACGUCCCCAGGGCCCGACCUGGCCUUCCUCUCUUCCUGUCCUGACAAGAACAAAGUACACUUCAACCCGACCGGCUCGGCCUUCUGCCCCGUCAGCUUGAUGAAGCCCCUGUUCCCCAGCAUGGACCUCAUCUUCCGUAACUGUCCCUCAAGCCCGGGUUCCCCGCUGCCCCCCACCAGCCCCCGUCCUCCAUCUCGGAAGGAUCCAGAGGCCUCAAAGGCCUCUUCGCUGCCAUUUGAGCCAUGGCAGCUCCCCCCGCCAGCAGAGGAGCCUGUGCUUUUCCAGAGCUCCCUGAUGGUCUGAGGGCCCCACCACCACCACAUUUCCAUGGAGACCAGUGCCUUGGUGGCAGGCUCCUCCCUGUUCCCUGUGCUGCUGGGAGAUGCAGGAGCCCUUCCCUCUCGGCCUUCGAGCACUUUCAUUUAUUGUGUCAAAGCCCCAGGUCCUCAUCCUGUUGGACAUGGAAUGGAAAGGAAUGGAAUCCCCUGGGAAUGGAAGGGGCCCCAUCUCUUCCACUAGCAGCUGGACAGCUCACAAGUCCAACCUGUGUUCUCCCUAACCUUUCUCACCUGGUGGAAAGCCAUCCAGAAGGGAUAGGGGAGUCCAAAGGACUCUGUGGGGUCCCGUCCUUGGAGUGCAGCCAGCUGCUGUGAGUGAAAGAGAGUUUGCCCAGCACUCCUUCCUGCUCCUCUAUAGCCACAGAAGAGGAGCCCAGGAGAUAGAUACCCCAUUCUCCCAGCCCCCCACCCUUAUCCCUCCCUCUGACUGGAGGAGCUGACCAAAGUAGCCCUCAGGGGCCCAACACUUGACCAAUGCAGCUGCUGGCAGAGGGAGCAACCAAGCGCUUUCCCAAGUGGCAUUUUCAUCUCGCUUUCACCCUGACUAAGAUUGUCUUAAGCAACCAGCCUGCCCAACCCCAGGUGGGUAAUGGGGGAGUGGGAGAGCUGGCAUUGCUCGGGGUGGCCAGUGGCGACUGUCCACCCUCCACCUGCCCCAGGACUGGGUGGGAUUAGAAAAAUGCCUAUUUUUCUUGUAUGGAUGUAGAAACUCUAUUUUCUCCCAAAGACACUAUUUUUGCAGCUGUUUGAAGUUUGUAUAUUUUCCGUAUUGCAGAGCUACACAAAACUGAAGAAUGUUAAAUGUUCGAGUUUUCAUAAUCCUGUGUUUAGAGGUUUUUUUUUUUUUUUUUCAGAUAUUGAUGUUAAUAAACUAAAUAAGUAUUCCCAGAA